UCAUACCUACUUUUCGUGUUGCACUACUGUUUUUCCGCUUUGUGGGUUAUUUUAUCAAAAAUUAUCCCUUGCAGCCAACGAGGCGUGAUAAGACGACUAAAAGCGCUAUCAUUGUUAUCAAUACCCCCUGGCAGAAUGGCGGAUUACUUCGAUGAGAUGGGAUGGGAACCAGUGGCAUUGGAGGAUACACAGCGUCAUCAGACAAUUUUAAUGGUUAGAGCAUUGCUGGACAAUGGGUAUUUGCCCGAAGAGAUGUUCCAGGGGCAGCAGCUGGCACCACCAGCAUCCAAGGAAGUUGUACGGAAUUUACCAGAGAGGAAACCUCUGCCGGAUGAUGAAAGUUGUUCAAUUUGCUUAAAGCCAAACGGGGAGCUUCCGGAUGUUUUCAAAGUAUUGCCCUGUUCACAUGAGUUUCAUCAAUCCUGCAUCCUUCCUUGGCUCAAUAAGACAAAUUCCUGCCCUCUGUGCCGUUAUGAGCUGAAAACCGACGAUCCUGACUAUGAGGAGAGGAAAAAAUUCCGAGAGCGUCAAAAGCAACGGGAAGAAGAGCUCGAGGGGCUACAUAAUUCCAUGUUUGGCUAAUAAAUUGUGGGUGCUGUAGGUGGAAUUUUUCUAUUUUCCUUGGAAUUAUGGUGUACCUAUUAUUUUCUAUUUUAUUUUACAUCUUUUAAUUAAAUAAAUAUCGUGAUAAAAAA